AUUUUAAUGCUCUAGUUAUUGAGCAUUUGUAAAUUUAAUGUUCAAAUAUGCUUAAUAGUUAGGCACGUUGAAACUGGGGUUUUAUUUUGAUCUGUAAUUUCUACAUCUAGGGUUUGAUUUUGCUUUCUGAGAAAAGGAAAGAAAAAAGAACAGAAAGAAAAGAAAAUAAUUCUGAAUAUAUAUAGGCAAAUGCGUUAUUUAGAAACAACUGAAGACUCAGAUUGAAACCUUUAAAUUUGCCUAUGCUUUCACGGGCGCGCUUGCCAUUGAUUGGUAUAGGCAAGUAUACUUUGGGUCCAAGGAUAAACUGCUUUUAUGCGCAUUAUGAUAUUUUGCCCCUAGUGUAUCUCAACCUUUGUCGAUGAUGUCUAUUGCUGGUUCAUUGCUAUUGUCUUGCAAACUAGGAAUUUACAAUAAAUACAGUCACAGGAAUGAACCUAAGGGUAUGAUAGGAAAGGGCUGCUUACAUAUGUUCGACAUCAACCUUUCAUCACAUGCUGCGCAGCAGGAUCAUUGGAGUCUCCAUCUUUUAGACAGUGUGCACGGGCCAUUAAGUCCUUUAUAUUCUAGAUGUAAUGUUUUCCAGUGCCACUCCUUUCUAAAACCAAGUGGAGGAAAUGAUUUUCCUGUUCUAGAAACUGCCGCCAUGGUGAUGAAGAGGUCAUACAAUGCUUUAGAAGGAAGCUCUGUUAUAAUUCAGUUGGUUCGAGCAAUUGGUAUCAUUGCUUUUGCCAUGUGGGGUCUUGGGCCGCUAAUGAGACAGUGCAGGAUUCUUUUCCUCCAUGAGAGUGACAGUAGUUGGGAAAAGAGUACGACAUCUUAUCUUCAGCCUUGGCUGCUAUGGAUUGGAACACAACUUAUCUGCAGGACAUUGGAUCCGGUUAUUUUACCUUCAGAAGCAAGCCAUGUUGUCAAGCAACGUUUUCUGAAUUUUGUACGAUCAGUAUCUACAGUGCUUGCCUGUGCCUACAGUUUAUCAAGAUUGGUUCAACAAUCACAAAAGUUCUUUUUGGAGACAAAUGAUUCUAGUGAUGCAAGAAAUAUGGGCUUCCAAUUAGCUGGGAAUGCCAUUUAUACUGCAGUGUGGAUUGGUGCUAUUUCAUUGUUCAUGGAGUUGCUGGGUUUUUCUACCCUGAAGUAUCUGACUGCUGGGGGUCUUGGCACAGUGUUGCUCACCCUUGCUGGUCGUGAGAUUUUCACAAAUUUCCUUUCAAGUAUAAUGAUCCAUGCAACUCGACCGUUUGUUCCAAAUGAAUGGAUCCAGACGAAAAUUGACGGCUACGAAGUUUCUGGUACAGUAGAGUGCGUGGGUUGGUGGUCGCCAACAGUUAUAAGAGGUGAUGAUCGUGAAGCAGUUUACAUUCCGAACCACAAGUUCUCAGUGAAUGUGGUGAGGAAUCUUAGCCAGAAGACUCAUUGGCGCAUCAAAACCCACCUUGCCAUCAGUCACCUAGAUGUCAAUAAGAUCAAUAAUAUUGUAGCAGAUAUGCGCAAAGUUUUGGCCAAAAAUCCUCAAGUGGAGCAGCAAAAGUUGCAUAGAAGAGUAUUUCUUGAUAACAUCGAUCCGAAGAGUCAGGCUCUUUUAAUUUUGGUGUCUUGUUUUGUGAAAACCUCACAUUUUGAGGAGUACCUUUGUGUCAAGGAAGCAGUAUUGUUGGAUCUUCUCAGAGUUAUUAGCCACCACCGGGCUCGGCUUGCCACACCCAUCCGCACAUUUCAGAAAACAUACAGUGACGCUGACAUGGACAGUGUACCCUUUGCGGACACCAUAUUCACUCAUUCCAAAGCAGCUGUUAACCGCCCACUCCUGCUGAUUGAGCCCUCCUAUAAAAUCAAUGGUGAGGAUAAGAGUAAGUUUUCGACUCGCUCAGUAUGUUUAAAUGAAGGAACAGAUGCCAAGGUUGAAGCAGCCUCGACAUCUGACACCAAGGCAGAAAACAGGGCUGGCUCAACAUCAAUUCUUGGUGAUACCAAAGCAGAUGCUAAGGUGGCAUCAGAUUCAAGCUCUAUUGCCAGCUCAAACCCAAAGGUUUCAUCAAUGUCAACAUCAGACAUCAAAACCCCGAGUAUGGAGUCCGUCAGUUCAGUCCAAAGCAACCCUGAAAAGCAGCAGAUGGCGGCGGCAAUUGGGGAAGACACAUUGGGGAAAACAACAGGAGUGAAAUCAGAAGACGACACCACGAUUGGAGUUUCUUUUGAGAAGUCACUUCUAACUCCCGCAGAAUCUUCCAGUGAUAAUACAGACAAUCCUUCACGCACUUCGCAGGCAAAGCAAGACGGUGAAAGGCCUGCUGCGUCACCAUCCAUAGCUAGGCCUGCGUUGGAAGAUAAUAUUGUUCUUGGUGUUGCUUUAGAAGGGUCAAAACUAACACUUCCGAUUGAGGAAGAACUAGCUCCAUCUCCUACCCAUGCAGAGCCAAAGGAAUUGGCUGCCUCCAGGAAUAGAAAUGGCUCUGCUCCCGUUGGCAACGACAAGAAAGAAGAUUAAACUCCUGCAGGUCGUAGUAGCAAACCUAGUGACUAGCAAAUCUAGAAAGGUAAUGAAUGUUUGUGAUGUACAGUUAGGCCUUUUCUAGUUUAACUGUGCACAGAUGCAAGAAGCUGUGUUUUUUAAGGCUGGCAUUGGUGCAGUUUGUAUUUUCCUCAUUAAGAACCCAUGAUUGCAAGGGAUUGUUGAAUUUCAAAAUUUGUAGGCCAAUGAAAAAUUGGCAAUUUAAUUGGAAAGAUGGUUCAUGUUUCAUUUCAA